GACAGAAGUUACACUGUAUCAGCUCUCAACAUUAUGUCACAAGCCUCACAGCGCUGCCAAGAAUUCCUAUAUAAGCACCAUAAUAAUCCCUCAACCAAUGAAAACAUAAAGUCAGUAGAGGCAGAGAAGAGAAAAAAUGCAGAUACCUUUGUUUCAGAAGGAGAGGAUCUGAUGGCCUGCAAGCCAGCAGUGGUGCCACCUCGUCCACCACCGCCAUCUGGGAGGUGCUGCUCAGCCUUAGCACGUGCUGAUAUUCGCUGCCUUUGCACCUACAAGAACUCGAAGCUGUUGCCUUCCCUUGGGAUUGACCCAAACCUCGCCGUUCAACUUCCUGAUAAGUGCAAGCUCCCUCAUCCUGCUCAUUGCUAGGCAUGAACCAGGACCCUCAUGACCUGUGUGCCACAUGCCAUAUAUAGUCAAUCCUGUUGAGCGUACCUUCAACUUUAUGUAUUCGAUUGGAAUAAGCUGUUUCCACCCUUUGUCUUGAAACCUAAUUUGUACCCCUGUAGUCAUGUUUUAUACAUAAAUUUCCCCUUAAAACUGCCGAAUUAGGAGGAUUAGAUGAUAUAAGACGUUUAUGUAAUUUAAUCCUAUGCUAUAUCUGGAUACUAGAUGUGGUCGACUUACCAGAUGUUUAUCGCCUAUUAAUUAUCUCGCCAAGAACCAGUGAACCACAUUAAUCAUGAUCUCGAGCUAAAUGUUACCAAUCUGUUAUACCUCCA